AUGGCGGACGAGCGCCGCGAGCUGCUGCAGGAGAUCAGGCGCGAGAUCGCCUCGCCGGCGCCCCUGGACCGCGCGCCCUCGCCCGCCGCCUCGACCGCCUACAGCGGCUACAGCGGCAGCCCCUCCUACUCGACCGCCUUUGGGGGCUACGGCAGCCCCAGCAUGGUGGCGGGGCCCCCGCCGCCGCUCUCCGCCGUCACGCGCGCCAGCAUCUGGGACCCGGCGGGCGGCGCGCUCGGCGGCGCGGGCGAAUCGCUGGCCGCCCCGUGCCGCAGCAGCGUGUUUGCUGGGGAGGCAACGGUUGGCAGGUUGAGCUUCGUGCCGCCGCUGCCGGGUCAUGGGCCGGCAUACAGCAGCGUUGGGGUUCUGUCGGCGACGGCGCCCGUGAGGGCCAGCUCCAUGUAUCACGCGUCCCUUCCCAUGCCCCCGGCACCCACCAACUCGCUGGUGCGCGCGGCGUCGGCGUCCGCGGCGCAGCCGGAGCUGGGCGCAGCCAAGUUCGUGCCCCAGCCCCUGGACCCGGGGGCUUUCAGGUGGACGAGCAAGUACCUGCAGGGCAACGACCGCAUGCGCGACGUCGUGACGACCCUGCUGGAGCUGGCCUUCAUGCCGCCCCACCGCGCCCUGCACACGGGCAAGGUUUCGAUUACUAUUGCCAGCGAGUGCACCCACGACCGCAUGAUGGCGCUGCUGGGCAGCACCAUGAGCGAGGGCAGCAGCUUGAGGGACAAGCUGCAGGUGAUCAGUGUCAAGGGCUCCAGCGGCUGGGCCUUUGAGAUGGCGCUGCGGCCCGGCAGCGAGCUGGCGCUGUUUGAAAAGUACUCUGUGGCGGAGUAUGUCCAGGACAAUUGGUUUGUGCUGGCCGCUAUUCUCAAGGACGAGUGA